AGGACCUUCUUAAAGCGGUGAUUGUAGGAAAUUCGCUGCUACGACUAAGAAACAAGAGAAAGAGCAAACAAUAAUUUGUGAUUACAGAGUUUCUGUGCGACCCGAUUAAUUAUUUGGACUAGAAAUACUAUUUUGAGUUACCCUGCCAUAGCCUGUAACAAUAUAGCUCUUUGGAAAAGUCGACCGCCUUAUGAGUUGUUGUUUGCGGGGUGGGAAUUAUCCCCAUUACCCAGCUAGUUAGCUAGCGAAAGGCGCUAGGCUAACUUGCUAACUAACGUGAAGUGCAGCUGUUCGGCAGUAUUUCACGCAUCAUUUCAACUGAGAUCAGUAGUUUACCUGGAACCGCUUUGCCUGCAUCAUGGACAAAGAUGCCUCAGAACAGAAUGAAAGUGCGUCCACUGAGUCCAAGCAACAGGCACUGGCUACGUCUGCCUACAGAUACACCAAGGAAGAGCUUCUCAGGAUAAAAGAGCUUCCCAUUUCCAAUCAAAGGCCUGAGUGUCUCUCAGAGAAAUAUGACAGUGAUGGAGUUUGGGACCCAGAAAAGUGGCAUGCCUCACUCUAUCCAACUUCAGAGCGGAGCUCUCCGGUGGAAGGUUUUAAGAAGGACUACAUGGAUGAAAGGGUUCCUUUAAAGCGAAGAAUCCCAGAUCCCCGUGAGCGGUUGAAGGAGGACGACUUGGACGUCAUACUUAGUCCACAGCGCCGUAGUUUUGGCAGUGGAUGUCAAGGCAACGCCCUACCCGCUGCUCACGUCCGUCGCCCAACCAGUCCUCUGGAAAACAAGGAGAAUGAGAGCCUGCGUCUUGGAGGCCCCCGCAGGAUUGGCAGCGGCCGCAUCAUCCCAGCGCGGGUUUUUGAGAGAGAAGCCCGAGUAGAGAAGGACAGAGAACGAGAGAGAGACUUCAAAGAUAAAAGAUUCAGGAGAGAUUUUGGUGACAAACGUGUGUUUAGUGAGAGGAGAAGAAACGACUCGUAUGUUGAGGAGGAGCCAGAGUGGUUCUCAGGAGGCCCCACCAGCCAGUCGGAAACCAUCGAACUCACCGGAUUUGACGACAAGAUCCUGGAGGAGGAUAAACGCAAGUCCAAGAGGUCCAGGAAGCGGACGGAGCCCAUCAAAGAAGCUGUGGAUGUUAACGGUGGAUUAGUGGAGGACCAGGAUGUGAGUUUGCCGUCCACAGCAGAUCAGGAGGUUCCACAUCCUGAUGUUCUUCCAGACCAGUCCAGCAGAGACUUUGACUUCAAUGAGUUUUUCAAUUUGGAGAAGACUAUGCCAGGACUGGCCUCUAUGAUCGAGGACGUUUUGGGGGAGGGCCCUGUGUCAGCGAGUCGCUUCAGUCAGUGGUUUUCCAGCAGUUUAAGCCCAUCAGGCAGUCAUUCCAGCAGUUUAAGGUCUACCCCCCAUGAGGAGUUGGAAAAACUCGCACGUCCUGCGUCAUACUUCACGCCCAUUCAGCCGUCUGAGUCCAAAGAAAAGGUGGACAUCCUGGAGUUGCUGCAGAAGGCCAAAGUAGACCUGAAACCUCUCUUGUCUACUUUAUCUGUCAACAAAGCUCGGCUACGAGAAAGCACUAACUCUGGGGUGGUUCUGUCGCUGGAGGAUGUGGAAGGAAACAUGAAGGGGAUGAGGCUGUCCUCUGAAGCGCCUGUGCCAAAGGCGUCUCCGGGGCACGGGAACGGCACGCCCUUCAUGGCGGAGCAUUUAGAGGAAGCGUUAACUGGCGGCUCUAGUAGCCGGCCGCGCUCGCGCGACACUGACAUGUCAGCCUUCAACAAACUGGUCAGCAGCAUGAAGGCAAGUGGAACUCUGCCAAGUCACCCCAGACCCAAUUCCAACAGUAAACCAGCAGACCAAGCUGUGAUGCCGCAGCAGCAGAAAAACCCCUUUCAGGAGCUCUUGAGGCACAGAGACCCCUCGCCUCCUUUAGGCAGCCUGGUGAGCAACUCUGAUGCUCCGGGGACUGCUGCCCCCCUACAGGGUCUAUUGCACAAAGGCCCCUCGCCACCCCUGUUUCCACAGAGGGCGCCAUCUCCGGACUACUUCAGCACCAGGUUGCCGCCUCCUGCAGGGUUUGCCGUUGGUCCUCAGCCCCCUCUGCCAGAUCAGUUCUCCCGUCUCCACGGCUCCAUCAGUCCUGUGCAGCAGCAGAUUAGAGCACUGUCUAUGCCUAUGAAUCAAGUGGACCUGGAAGCCCUGACCUUCCACCAGGACCUCGCUCUUCAUGCUCACCAACCCUUCCAGCAAGCUUACAACAAGCAGCCCCAGGACAGGGCUUUUCGGAAUAGACCACAGCGUGUGAACCAUUCCCCUGGACCUCAGCCUCCUGCUGGAAGAAACUCUCCUGGAAAUGCCGUCACUAGCAUGUUGUCUCCAUCAUUUACACCCACUUCUGUAAUUCGCAAAAUGUAUGCAACCAAGGAGAAAACCAGAGAUGACGCAUCCCUUCCUUCUGAUGCAAAGGAGACAACUGCACCCUCACAAGAUGGCAGCAGAAGCUCUCCUAAUCCUUUCCUGGAAACGUUGGAUGAAAGCGUUGCAUCAUCAGCAGGGAUGAAGGCCGCCUCACAGCCUCUGCAAAACAAAGGCCAAGAGUGUCUCAGGCCUAGUCCAAGUGGCCACCAUACAGUAAACAUGGUUCCCCCAGGGCCCCCUUCAUCUUUCCCUCGUCCGGUCUACCCAGUGCCACUGCUGUCCCAUGUCCCCAUGGUACGGCCGCCUCCUCAGCUCCACCCCAAUGUGGUCCAGCGAAUGCUGGAACAGGGGAUCCAGCCCCAGCAGCUGGGACCUGCACUUCUGCAAGCAGCCCAACUUCAAGGCUUGCCACCUGCACUUCUUGGACAGCCACUGUACCCUGUGAGCGCCGCAGGGCAUCCGCUUCUACCUCCCAGAGCCAACACUCAAAUGCAGCUGGCAGUAAUGCCCCCACAGCUUCAAUCCCAGAGACCAAUACAUCCAAGCAUCCCAGUGUCACAUGGCCACAGGCCUCAAUGGACAAACGGCGUUCAGCGACACCGGGGCAGCUCCCCUCUUGGUCUUGCUAAAUGGUUCGGCUCGGACGUCCUCGACCAACCGCUGCCUUCCAUGCCGGCCAAAGUCAUCAGUGUAGAUGAACUGGAGUUCCGGCCAUAAGAACGCUGACUGUAGAAGUGGGGUGGCUCUUUUUUUUUCCUUUUUUUUUUCUUCCUUUAUGCCCGUCUUCACCUCCCGGUUAACUAUAAAAAUGUGAACUUUAUUUUGACAGAUGGUGAGCAAGAUGGGACAUUCUGAACAUGCCAUGAAUGUCUAGCAUUGGAGGGGGCAAAUACUGAUUUAAGUUUUGAGUUCAAUGUUCUUUUUUGUAUUAGACAGUAAUUAAUGUACAGGCCCACAUGUACAGAUCACAGGAGAAUGUUAUUCUUUAUGUACAUAGCUUUUUUGUUGUUGUUUUGGUUUUUAUUUUUUUGGUUGGAGGGGCAGAGGUCACAACUCUUGAAAGUAAAUGAUGAGCUAGAAUUUCAACGUCUACUUUAAAUCCUUCUCACUUCCCCUUGUUGGAGAAAGGGUCACUGUUGGUGAGAUAUGGUAGAUACACACUCCACCUUUCCUUUGUGGCAUGAUCAGUGGCCCUCGAGACACCCCCCUGUGGAUGCAGCAAGCUAGUUUGUGCCUUCCCCUCCUCAUUUUUUGGGUACCUGCUCCCCUCUGAAGUGUAUGCUCUCCAAUCUUGUGUGUCACUAGGAGGAUUGCACUGCUCUGUCAUUUUUGAGGGUGGCUGGGGAUCAUUUUGUGUGCUGUUAAGUUAUAAUAAGCACAAAUAGAAUAAAUAAAAUGUUGUGUAAAGCACGGUUUUAAAAUUAUUUUUGUAUUUUAUGUUUAUUGCUGUUUUAGUCAAAGUAAUACAAAUGGAAGUGUCAAGAGGCAAAGGUUUUGGUAAAAAGGCAACGUUGUAAAAUUUAAAGUACAAUCGCCCACAUUGGUCAAAUAGUUUAGACCAGCUUAACUAAAACAAAUGUUUUUAUGGAGAAGUCUUUUGUGGAAUUUUUAGUCCUUUCAACUCUUGAAAUAUCACCGGCAGCAUGGUGACUUGAAAAUUUAGCAAAUCCUAUAAAAUUUGGGGGCAAAGAGAUUUGAGGAUGGACUCACAAAGUUAGGGGCAUUGGAAAAACUAAGGUGUACUUCUAUAGCACCUUUCAGACGGUCCCAAAGUGCUUCUCACAGAAUACAGCACAGUUAAAAAUACCCAAAAUGCAGUCACCGGCCAUGCAGUGGGAUUGGAGAGCCGGAUUCUAAGUGCGGUUUUAAUGGAGUCCAGCGAACGUAAGGAUGGUGGGAGUCUGUUCCACAGUCUGCUCUGAAAGAACGUCUCUCCUUGGGUUUUCACGUGUGCCAGGGACCAUCAGCAGAUUUUGCCCUGAGGGUCUUGGCCUUUGGGAGAGGGUAUCUGUCUGAUUGUAGGGCUCUGAAGGUCAGGACCAGGAUCUUAAAAUGUAUUCUGAACGUUCCUGGGAGCCAGUGAAGAGACUUUAACAUGGGGGUGAUGUGUGCUCUUUAGUUUGUGCGAGUCAAAUGCCUGGCAGCAGAGUUCAGCAUCAGACGGUUCGGUUCUCUGUUUAGACGAGUGAAAAAGGCUGCUGCAGUCGUCUAAAUGUGGGGACACAAAGGGAUGGAUUAUCAUGUCUAGUUCAUGUUUAGAAAUCAUGGUUUUGAUUUCAUUGGAUAUGCUAUACAGUGUUUGUGCUUUACUCAUUGGGGCCAGAACAAAAAAAAAACCUCAACGUUGCAUCAAUGUCAACAUUCUGUUGGUAUAAAAAGCUGAUUUUUUUUUUCCAGUAAGUCACUCAAAGUUCAUCAUUCAACCACAUGGAUUAACGGACGAGCAGGCCCACCUGCACACAGCGCGUUGCAUGAGGCCCAAUGAAGGUUUUGCUCCGUUACGCACCAGAUGCACCAAGAAAUAUCAGGAAUAAAAAGAAAAUUCGAUUUUUGAAGAACUUGCUGGUUUGAGAUCCACCAAGACUCCAAAAAACCUGUGAAGUGUUUUAAAGUCUUAGUUCUCUCUAAAUUCUCCCUGUUUUUUCUGUUUUAAACAUUGACAAUUUGACUGAAUUAUGUUAUGUCUAAACUAAGUUGGCUAUUAAGUUAACUGUCAUACUUCUACUUGGAAUUUAGAGAGUACUUCUAAAUUUGUAAGUUUGUAUACUGAAUAAAUCUUUUCAAAAUAA